AUGAUAACACGGCCAGCUCCGCGGCUUUUACGAGUCUCCCUGAGAAAGCGAGCGCCAAUUGCCGCCCCAAUUACACGGCAUUUCUCGACCACCCCCGAGAACAAGGCCAAGAACCGCGUCUAUACGCCAGUCCGCCGUUACGAUGAUUUCUCCUCCUACCUCCAACUCUCGACUUCCUCUCGAACCCCCCUCCUAACCCUCUGGACAGCUUCCUACUGCGCCACCUGCAAAACCGUCUCCCCCCUUCUUCAGGAGCUCAUUGAAGCCGGGGUGGGCGAGGAGGAGGGCGGCGUUUCCUUCUGUGAGGUCGAAUAUGACACCCCGGACGUGAUGGACAGCGGCCUGGGAAUGACAUACAUGAUUACCAGCCUGCCAACCCUCUUAAGUUUCGACCGCGGAGAAGCACAGACCGGGACCAAGGUCGUAGACCCGAAGAAGUUGACGGAUAAGGAGUGGAUGAAGGAAUGGAUACGGACAGAGGCGCGGAGGCGUGGGCAAGGCGGAGGAGGGACGGGGCUAUACGGAGGAGGGACGGGGCUACUUGGAGGGCUCUUUGGAAACACGAAAUAG